UUUAUCGAUCCCAUGUACAUAAAACAUAUAUACAUAUAUUUUUACAAUUUUCUUCCUUUAAGAGCUUAUAUAUGUUGAUACACAUACAUAAUAAUAAAUCACAAUUUUGUUUUUGAAUAACCCAUAAAUCAAUCACAUGUAUGGAGCAAACGUUGUAUGGAACAAAAGUCUGUCUAGAGUGUGGUAUAUAGAUUGGCCAUUUCGUCUCAAUCUCUUAUACCUUACCUAUACUUCCAUACCGUUAUAUAUCUAUAUGUGGAUCAAAAUAUGAAAAACCAAUAACAUGAUAUUUUUAAUUUCCUUGUCUAUAAAUACACAAUCACCCCCCUCAUUAGUUCCAUACCUCACUACAUAGCUUUUGCUAUAUCUAUACAUUCUCAUCAAACAUUCCCACACCUUUCAAAUUGUGCAUCUAUAUAUUUUAAUUUUCUACAUAAUACAAAUUAAAAGGAGGAAAUUAAAUUAACUAUAAUGGCUCUUCUAAGACAUUUCCUCAUCUCAUUAUUCACUAUCAUCAUCAUCAUUUCUUUUGUUGCUUGUAAUAGCAACUUGCAAGAGGACCCACUUAUUACUACAUACGUUGAUGAUUCACCUUCCAAUGAUGAUGCUGACACAUUAUUAUUCAAGAACUUCAUCAACCAAAACACAAAUAAUAUUUUGAGAUUUGAUGCCACUUCACGUUCACUAGAAAUUGUUAAUGUCAAUGAUUAUGGAGCUAAAGGGAAUGGUUAUACUGAUGAUACACAGGCAUUCAAGAAGGCUUGGGAAGUAGUAUGUUCUUCAGGAGAAGCAAUUUUUGUGGUACCUGAAGAUAAUAAUUAUCUACUCAAACCAAUCAGAUUCUCUGGUCCAUGUAAAUCUAACAUAACAGUCCAGAUAUCUGGAAGUCUUGAAGCAUCAGAUGAUCGAUCAGAUUAUAGUGAAGAUCAAAGACAUUGGCUUAUAUUUCACAAUGUUCAAAAACUAUUAGUUAAUGGUGGUGGAACCAUCAAUGGAAAAGGAAGUAUAUGGUGGAAAAACUCAUGUAAAAGGAACAAAAAGAAACCUUGCAAGGAUGCCCCAACGGCUCUAACAUUUGAUAAUUGUGAGGACUUGAUAGUUGAGAAUUUGAAGAUAGAAAAUGCGCAACAAAUCCAUGUUUCAUUCCAAGAUUCGAUUAACGUUAAAGCUUCCGAUCUCAACGUGUCAUCACCAGAGGAUAGUCCUAACACCGAUGGAAUUCAUGUCACCAAUACCCAAAACAUCAAAAUCUCUAGCUCUAUCAUAGGAACUGGUGACGAUUGUAUAUCAAUUGUACAUGGAUCUAAGAAUGUAGAAGCCACAAACAUAACUUGUGGACCAGGCCAUGGCAUCAGUAUUGGAAGCUUGGGGGCUGGAAAAUCAAAAGAAUUUGUUUCUGAAGUAACAGUGAAUGGAGCUAAGAUUUCUGGAACUAAAAAUGGAGUUAGAAUUAAAACAUGGCCGGGAGGUUCAGGAAGUGCCACCAACAUAAAAUUUCUGAACAUUGAAAUGGACAAUGUGACCAAUCCCAUAAUAAUAGACCAGAAUUACUGUGACAAGAAAAAAAAGCCAUGCAAAAAAUCGGACUCUGCUGUCCAAAUUAGCAAUGUGUUGUACCAGAAUAUAAUAGGUAAAAGUGCUUCUGAUGUAGCUGUGAAGUUUGAUUGCAGUGAGAAAUUUCCAUGUAAGGAGAUAGCAUUGGAGAACAUAGACUUGCAAUAUGAUGAAGGAGAAGAUGCUAAGGCUUUAUGCAACAGUGUUGAAUUGUUUUACACAGGACAUGUUACCCCUCGCUGCUACUCAUAGAAAAAUACUCCCUUUAAUCUUAAAUAUAAGAGACAGUUGAAUUAACAAAAAAUGAUAUCUCUGAUCCAAAAUUUGAAUCAGAUACAUCAACUUUUGUUGACCAAAUUAUCUCUUAUAUUUUAGACUGGAGGUUGCACAAAUUAAGACCUCUCUACAUUAUUCAUCAUGGAAAGACUCAAUGUAUAUAUAAUUAUAAUUAUGUGACCAUACAAUGCAAUUAGUUCAUCAAUAAUUGCUAGCUAUAUGUUAAUACAAUGUAAAUUAAUACCCAAUAGACAUUGAUUUGUAGUGAAUCAUGUCAUUCUUUAAACAUGAUUGUAAUAAAAUGAUAUUGCCAUUGUUUCAUC